AGAAAGCGAGUAUGAAUGAAUAAAUGGGAAAAGAAAAACUCCUCUUCAAAAUCUAAACAAUAAAAUAAUCAAUAGGAAUUUUGUUGGAUCUAAAAACCCUUAAUAAUAAUAACAAUAGUUAUCUUUGGUUGCGUAAUUAGUUGUUAAUCAAUAAUAGUAAAAGAGAGCAAAAUUUUCAUAGUUUGUGUUAAUCCUGCCAGACAGCAUGAGCUACCGAAGGGAUAAUCGUGCAUCCCGGGCCUCUCUAUUUGAUAACCUUGAUGGGAUUGAGGAGGGCGGUCUCAGGGCUUCUUCCUCAUAUUCUCGUGAUAUUGAUGAGCAGGAAAAUGAUAAAUCCAUAAGUACCUUGCAAGACAGAGUCGUCUUCCUUAAAAGAUUGACUGGUGACAUACAUGAGGAGGUGCAGAGUCAUAACCGAAUGCUGGACCGCAUGGGCAAUGGAAUGGAUUCAGCAAGGGGGAUAAUGUCAGGAACUAUGGAUCGGUUCAAGAUGGUCUUUGAGAAAAAAUCAAGUCGGAGAACAUGUAAACUCGUUGCAUAUUUUGUCCUGUCUUUCAUCAUCAUAUACUACUUGUUCAGGUUCCUCAUGUAUUAUAUGUAUGGUUAGAAGUAGAUACAGGAAGCUGCCAGUGAUUAAUUGUAAUUGAGACGGGUAUCUUUGAGCAGACCUUGCAGAAGCUAGUGAUAACCAUAUUUUGUUUAUCAUUUACAGAGACUUAUAAUAUGAUAGGUGUAUAACUGCUUUCACUUGCAAAAUAAGUUUUGAGUGCCUUGUAAUCCAAGAUAAAUGUCCAAGUCAUUUCAGUUGCCCUUAAUUCACAGUUGUACAUGAAAUAGCAAGUCCUGUUUUAGUUAUCAUGAAGUCUUUCAACACAUGUACCAAGUCCGUGGUCAGGUGCAGUGCUCAAUAUGAAAGCCUAAAGAUAGAUCAUAUGCAAAUACUCGAUAUAGUAGUUAACGUUAAAUGAAAUCAAUAUUGGUUUAAUUAA